AUGGGACCCCCGAGCAAUAGGGGAUCAUGGGGCCCCUGUGUCCUUGCCCAAACUCAAAAAAGCCUAUGAAAAAAGGUACCAUGGGCAUCUCAUGGGGCCCCCUACUGACCCUGGGCCCUCGGGCAGUGCCCGAGUUUCCAAAUGGUCAGUCUGCCCCUGAUCAAAAUGUAUUCUGUUACAUUUCUUUGGUGAAAAUAAUAAUAAUAAUUGAACUGUAUUUUUUUUUUCAAAUGUUUCUAUCUUUUUUUUACUAUUUUAUUUUUUCAGCACGCUGUGACCAAAGCAAUACAAUGUUACCAUAGUAACAUU